CAGUCAAUGCACGGUGCAUGUGGUGGGGACAGUCCGUGUGUUCUGGGAACGGGAAUGUUCUGGGAACGGGUUCUCAUCGCAGCCAUGACUCCCUCGCUGACCGCCACCACCCAGCGUGGAUCUCUGUCCCUACACCCUUCUCCCCCUAAAGCCCAUUUUUUUUCCAGGAAGAUGCGGUGCUGUGCCAGCUCGCAGGUCCCUGUGGCAGGCUGCACCUGCUCGCACAGGAUGUGCACCUCCACCCAGAAGAGUUUCUUGGCCCUGGCAAAAGCUCAUCAGAGGGAAGUUGUGCCCGGCAGUGAGGGCUGUGCCCACGCCCAGGGCCUGCCCAGGUUUUCAGGAUGAAUCUGGAAAAACUCAGCAAACCAGAGCUGCUGACGCUGUUUAGCAUUCUUGAGGGAGAGUUAGAAGCAAGAGAUCUCGUCAUAGAGGCUUUAAAGGCCCAGCACAGGGACACAUUCAUUGAGGAACGCUAUGGGAAGUACAACAUCAGCGAUCCACUGAUGGCUUUGCAGAGAGAUUUUGAGACCCUGAAAGAGGGCAAUCACGGUGAAAAGCAGCCAGUAUGCUCCAAUCCUUUGUCUGUUUUGAAAGUGGUGAUGAAACAUUGCAAGAACAUGCAGGAAAGAAUGUUAUCCCAGCUAGCUGCUGCCGAAAGCAGACACAGAAAGGUGAUCCUGGACCUGGAGGAGGAGAGGCAGCGGCACGCCCAGGACACGGCGGAGGGGGACGAUGUCACCUACAUGCUGGAGAAGGAGCGGGAGCGCCUCACCCAGCAGGUGGAGUUUGAGAAAUCCCAAGUGAAGAAGUUUGAAAAAGAGCAGAAGAAGCUGUCAAGCCAGUUGGAGGAGGAAAGGGCACGCCACAAGCAACUCUCUUCCAUGCUUGUUGUGGAGUGCAAGAAAGCCACUGCCAAAGCAGCUGAAGAGGGCCAGAAGACAGCAGAACUGAGCUUGAAAUUGGAAAAGGAGAAGAGUAAGGUGAGUAAACUGGAAGAGGAGCUGGCGGCCAAGAGGAAGCGGGGCUUGCAGAUGGAAGCACAAGUAGAAAAGCAGCUCUCGGAGUUUGACAUUGAAAGAGAGCAGCUGAAAGCGAAGCUGAACAGAGAAGAAAACCGUACAAAAGCGCUCAAAGAAGAGGUGGAAUGUCUGAAGAAAGCCCUGAAAGAGCUGGAGGCUUCUUGCCAGGAGCACAGUCCCUCCGAGCCUGUGCAUCCCAGCCCCUCGGUGACAUCCAGGGGGGUCACGACUGACAGUCCCCCCGUGAAGUCUGUGUCCUGCCAGACCGAGAGUCUGCAGGCAGAACGAGCAAACCCCGCCAGCACCGGCAGAGCUGUUCACACCGUGUUUGCCAGCCCCUCCACGCCUGUUCAUUCCUAUGCAAAAUCCAAUGGGCAUUGUGACACAGACGUGCAGGUGGGUGGGGAGACAAACGCUGCAGAGAGCCAAGCUCACAGGGAGAAACCUGCUGCAGCCUCCGAAAGCGCGGUGGAGAACGGAAGUUCUCCCGUAAGAACAGAGUCACCGGUGCAUCUGAUGUCCCAGCUCCCUUCUGCUGGCGUGUCCCUGUCUCCCAGCAGCACGGCUGCCUCCUCUCUGACCCCUUCUCCCUGCUCCUCACCCGUGCUCGCUAAACGCUUGGUGGGAGCCUCUGCCGGCAGCCCUGGCUACCAAUCCUCCUACCAGGUGGGCAUCAACCAGCGCUUCCACGCGGCUCGGCACAAGUUCCAGUCUCAGGCAGAGCAGGAGCAUCAGCCAGGGGGUCUGCAGAGCCCCCCUUCCCGGGAUCUGUCCCCCACCCUGGCAGACAACUCCGCUGCCAAGCAGCUGGCCCGCAACACCGUCACGCAGGUGCUGUCCCGAUUCACCAGCCAGCAGGGCCCCAUCAAGCCCGUCUCCCCGAACAGCUCCCCUUUUGGCACGGACUAUCGAAACCUGGCGAAUGCUGGCAGCCCCAAAAACGAGUCUGGGCACUCUCCGAGCCCUGUCAAGGUUUCCAGCCCGCUAAGCCCGUUGUCUCCUGGAAUUAAGUCGCCAACCAUUCCUAGAGCAGAAAGAGGGAACCCUCCACCCAUUCCUCCAAAGAAACCCGGCCUCGCUCAGUCGCCCGCUGCUCCUGCCCCUCUAACCAAAACCUCUUCCCAGGCCUCCUCCCUGGGUGCCCCCGUGGAUGUGGGGAGCAGCUGCUCCAACAACGCGGUCGUGUCAAAUGGCAAAGACCUGGAGAUCCUCCUGCCGAGCAGCAGCUAGUCUCCAGAAAACGGGAAUGUGACAUUCCACAGCUUAGCUUACCCUGGAGCUAAGACACUGUUUUUCCACUCCGUGUUAUUUAUUUCCGUAGUAGCAGAAUCUGUCUGUAUAAAGCAUUUAGUGUAUUUUUUUUUUUUUUCUUUUUAAUAGGUAGGAAAAUAUUUUUUGUUUAUGAAGAAACUUUUAACUACAGCUAUACAGUAGCCUCCAAACGUCUCGUGGCAGCAGUCAAAUCAUUAGAGAUAACAACCAUAAUCACAUGGUAGGACCUAUCAACCUCUAAUGGGACUGAAAUGCUACUUUUAAAUUAUGCAGAAAUAAUUUUUGCAGACUUUUUACUCCAUAUGAACAUUUUACAAAAGUGCCUGAACUAAGCCUGCAAUAUGAAUGUGAUUCUCGGGAAAAGGUGAGGAGGGGGAACAUCUAGCUGCAGAAACAAAUUCUUCUGGAGUCCUGAAUGUUGAAACCGACACUGGUUUUCCUUUUAAUUAUUUGCAUUUGCUAAGAUAAGUUAGCAAAUGUGCUACAAAUUCUGCAGAGGUGAUCACCAGACCGGUGCAGCCAGCCAGGCUACGUCCUUCAGGACAUAGCUCCCAGCUAUUUGAGGAAGCACACAUUUAGUUUCUUGGGGUAAAAAUUUAGUUGUGAUACCAUCCAGAUUACUUCUCUGUCAGUAUUCCUUGUACAUACAGUAAUUUCUGCUUUCCUGCCAAGAUGCCUGUGUGCUUUAAACGGCUGAGCUCUGGUUUCUGGUGUAUCACCUGGAAUUUUCAAGCUCUUCAAGCAUUCUACUGUUUGUGUGUAGAACUUCUGAGAAAAGGAUCUUUCUGUUAACGUGACAAAGAUCUCACUAGUACUUGAAAAAGUAACUCGUCCAUACAAUACAGGGUUUUUUGCAACGCCUGUAACACGGGAUCUUCGACUUUAAACAAAAGCAAUAAUUUUCUUCCUCAUCUGCAUCAGUUAAUCCUGACUGACCUGGAUUUUACCCAGUAGCUGUGGCGAGCUUUCCUUGGCUGCAAAUACAGAACCAAGUCAUUGCUGCUGUGGAAUUGAAUAUGUAGAUCUGUGUAAGUGUGUCACACACACACAUACUAAACACACGGUGUAUUAGGGAAAUACUGAUCUCUUCUUGAUCUUCUGCCUCAUAUGAAGAAAAGGUGGCAAUUCACUGAGAUUUUAAAAAAUUCCUCAGUGAGGAAUUGCCCAAGUUUGAGGCAGGUCAUGUGUGUGAUGAAGUAUUUGGACCCAGGAGAAGGAGGCUGAUUCCUGUGCAGAAAUGCUUGCUGCAAGAAAACCAGCGGGCACAGCACAGUGGUUCUUUGAGUCACUGUGCCGAGAAGUACAGGACAAACACCACAGAUCAGUGGCAGAGGCUGAGAGCGUGACCCCGAGUUAAUCAUCUCGGGUGCUGGAUGUGAGCUGAUCCUAAAUUUAGAAACCGGUUUUGCUGCUCGGUGUCGUCCAGCGUUGAGCGCGUCCCUGGGCAGCAGAGCCGCGUUUGCACGGAGCACAGCUCCCACUGCCAGGGGACACCUUCUCCUUUGUCAGUUUUCACUGUCUCAUUGGGCAAAAUCCCUUUGUUGUGGGGGAGAUCCCUGUGCCGGGGGAGGAUGCAGAGUUCCUUUGGGCUUUGAGCCUCGUUCCGUAGGACAUCAGAGCUCUGUGCUGCUUUGGGGUGGCUGUUGUUGGACUGACCCCACACAGCCACGGCAGGGGUUUAGGGCUUUGCACAGACCUUUCAGUAGCCUUUUAGGUCGUGGUAUUAUGGGCUGUUGUUCCUAAUCCAGUGGAACAGUCUGUGUAUUAACAGCGGGGACACAGAGGCAGCCAGAGCUAAAUGGGCAGCGACUCUUUUGGAAGCACAUUUAUUACUUUUUUAACUAAAUGUCCACAGCAGAUUUUUUUUUUUCCUCUUGCUGAGAGUAAAUGUAAAAGUGGAUGGGCAGAUGGAUUUUGGCCCAUGUAUCCCUUCUGAUUGAAAAGUGAGGCUUUUGUAUACACUGCUUUAAUGAGUUUCUUUGCUUUUACAUUAAUCUGACUGGUAUUAUCCCCUUUCUUAAUUGAUAGCUCUAGAGAGAGAGAUACUAUGAUGAAGUCCAAUAGGAAAUGCACUGAGUACUGUUUCUUCUAAAAUAUAAUAUGGGAAGGGGUAUGCAAAAGAAUGUAUUUUUGCUAGUAGACUAACUUCUGAAAGAAACUAAGCACAAGGGAUUAAAAUGGAUCCAACUAAUUCAGUAAGACUUUAGAGUUAGUAUUUAACUGUUGAUGUAGAUUCUGUGUGGAAGCGACUAAAUAUUUCUUCUCUAACUCACAUGUGUCCUAAGCAGACAUUGUUGCAGAGUUUGUCACUGGCUAAUGGAGUAUAAUGAAGUGCAAAACAUAUAACACUAGUAUUAAUUCAUUAACACUUGUAAAUUUGUAAAGCCAAGCGUUACCAAGCUGAAGUCUUUAAUCAUUUUUAUAGCUGAUGGCAUUAAACAUGUUAAACGUUCAUAUUAUCAAUAAAGGAUUUUAUUUUUAAGAUGUG